AUGGAACCCGAAAAUAACACGUCAACAGACGACAGACAAAGGCUACUACAGGGAUAUUGGGAAUAUCUGCUUCAGGACUGGUUUCCAACUGAACAAGGCUACAGUAUCUCAGUCAUGAGAGACUCCCAAACCUACAGUGCGCCUAUUGAAAUCGUCACAGUGACAUAUGUGCAUUCCCGUUUAACGUUCCAUAUAGUUGCGGGCGAACUUGAUAUCGAGCACCCUAAUUGUUAUCUGGAUUUAUUGGAAGAUGUAGUACGCGUAAUUAUACCACCGAUCAUUGCCCGCGGCGGCGUACAAAGACUUUUUCCCUGGGGAGCAACUUGGAUCGGCGAUGAAUUGACGUUCUACAAAAGACAUGACAAUGAUGACUAUCUGACAUGUGAGCCCUUGAAUGACGUGUAUCAGUCAUUGAGUUACAUCAAGGCAGACUUCGAGAUGAUCACAACCUCUCCCUUUAUCAUAUGGGAAGAUCGUAUAACUGACUCUCCACUUGACACACAAGUUAACGGUGCAAUGGACAGUGAUGAAAAUGGCGCUGAUUCAGGGGCAUCUUUUGAAACAGUACCAACAGUCGAAUUAAACUACCGGCCAACCAACGGUAGAUACCGUUACGAGAAUUCUGCAGAAACUUCUGAAGAAGAAUAA